CUGAUGAACAUUUAAAAUUUUUAAUGGAAUACAAACACCUUGAAAAGGCGUUGUGGAUUUAAUUUUUCUCCCUCUUGAAGUUGACAGUCAGUGACAAAUGAGCAUAAGACUUCGCUAAUGCCAUAAAGUAAAAUUAUCAGUAUUUCCGUUUUGCAUAAAAAGCGAUCAAUUAAAUAUAUCACAAAUAUGUCUCGUUGACACAUCAAAAAUUAUCAGACACUGGAACAGUUACCGACAACAUUACUGAGUAUAAAUACAUGUUGGUCCAAAUUGGAGUAAAACAGUUCAAGAAGUACAUUCGUGUCUGCCUAAUUCAAUUAAAGUACUACUUAAUAUUAAUUAAAAGGAUAUCUCAAAAUGUUUACUGGUUCUCCCGUCCAUUGCAUCUAUGCGUUGGGAAUUAUACUGCUCUGCAGUUCAAUAACUGUCGCCCUAGAUAUGAACAAUAUCUGCUUGUUACUGAAGAAUGAUGCCCUAAUUGCCAGUGGCGAUUCCUGUACACAAUAUUAUUUCUGCUCCAAUGGAAUUGCUAUCGCUCAAAAUUGUUCGAGUGGCACCUAUUUCAAUAAGAAUACGCAAAUGUGCGUCAGUGAGGCUCCAGCGUAUUGUACCUCUACUUCGUCGGAUCCAUGUAGUGGAAGUGCCGUAGGAUCUUUCGUUGCUAAGCCUGAUUCUUGUGAAAGCUAUUAUUACUGCUCAGAUACAGGUGCAGAAGUCGGUAGCUGCCCAAAUGGUCUAUAUUUCGACUCGGUAAACCAAAUUUGUGACUACCCAUCCGAAGUUAGCUGCCCGACAACUAAUGAUAAUACAGACGAACCAAUCAAUUUGUGUUCGUAUAUACAAGUAGGAGUUUUCUUUGGUAAUGCUUUCAAUUGUUCAGGAUGGUUAAGAUGCACUAGCGACACCAAUUUGCAAAAUGGAACUUGUAGAAAUAGUUUGCUUUACAAUACAGCGAGAGCGAUGUGUGAUUAUGCAACAAACGUUGAUUGCUCACAGGUAACUAACGAUCCGGAGUUAGAUGUGACAGGUAUCGGUGGUGGGGGAGCAUGCUCGACAGAAGGAACAAAAAUAAAGGCUACUGCAUGUAAUCAAUAUUACUUAUGCGAUGGUACUAAAUACCAACUGACGAAUUGCGUUAACGACUUAUACUACGAUACAGAGACUGAAACUUGUGUAGAACGUAUUGAUGCUUAUAACGAUUGCGAUCGUUGUUUAGGUACCACUGAUAUGUUCGUAAAUGCCUUCGGCACCGAUUGUCAUGAAUAUUUGUACUGCUCUAAUGGUGUCAAAAGGGAUUCAGAACCAUGUCCAAAUAACGGUUACUUCAAUGAGGAGCUGGGAGGUUGCGUAUCAGUAAACCCAGAAUUUAAAUGCUGUGCAAAUGCUACCCAGACUGGUACCACUGAAACUACAGAAACCCAAUAACUGCCUUAUAUUAUGAAUUGGCAUCUACUGUUAGUCCGGAAGAGUCUUCGAUCCUAAAAUCUCCAGCAGAAUGGAAAAAUAGAAUCGAUAUACAUAUCUGGUUAGAAUAAACUGAAAUGUAUAAUAAAAUAAAAAAUUUAAAUGCAUAAUGUAAUUAUUUGUAAUAUUAUUCAUAACAUUUAAUAAAUUCAGAAAUAUG